CUCCAACGGUCGAAUCGACGCUGAGAGAGAGAGAGAGAGAGAGAGAGAUGAGAGAGAAAAGGGGAAGAAGGGAAAAUCCAAAAACCCUAGAUCCAAUCGGCGAGGAUGGUCUCGUCGCCGGAAAAGAAGGAAAAGGGUUCUACGCGUGCUACAUCUUGACCUCCCUUAGCCCUCGCCACAAGGGUCACACCUAUAUCGGGUUCACGGUGAACCCAAAGCGGAGGAUAAGGCAGCACAACGGAGAGAUCACAAGUGGUGCAUAUAGAACCAAGAAGAAACGUCCUUGGGAAAUGGUCCUCUGUAUCUAUGGUUUCCCCACUAAUGUCUCUGCCCUUCAGUUUGAAUGGGCGUGGCAGCAUCCGAGAGAAUCACUUGCUGUGAGAGAAGCCGCCGCUGCUUUCAAAUCCUUCUCUGGACUUGCUACCAAUAUCAAGCUUGCUUACACUAUGCUCUCUCUUCCUGCUUGGAAUAGUUUGAACCUGACAGUCAACUAUUUCUCGUCAAAGUAUGCGCACCUUGGCGGUCUUUCUCCAAGCUUGCCUCCUCAUAUGGAAGUCCAUGUUUGUCCUAUGGAUGAUCUUCCUUGUUUCGCAAAAGAAGACGACAAUUCUCAAGAAGAAGAAGAUGAAGAGAGUCUUGAUAGUAACGAAGAAGAGGAUGAUGGUAUGAGCAACCAAAGCCAGCCUGGGAAUCCAACUUCAACCUACUUGCUUGAUGACCCACAUGUUGAGAAAGCGAAAGGACCUGAAACUGUACUUGAUGACAGAUUAGCAAACUUCACUGGUUUUGGGUUAUUAUUAGAUGAGAGUGAUGACGAUGAAGUGCCUUAUAGCACUGUAGGAGGAUCCUUCGAAGCUAUGGAGAAAGAAACUGAGACUGUAUUUAAUGACAGGUCACCAAACUUCGCUGGUUUUGGUGUAGAAAAGAUUGUUGAAGACAAAGCAUCAUAUAGCAGCACUGUGGAGAAAGAUUGUUGGAGAAGAGGCAACUUUGUUACUACAUCGACCACUGAAGUUGAAGUGAUUGAUCUGAUGACUCCAUCACCGAGCUGCAGAGUUGGAUCGUCUAUGAAGAAGAGGCCAAGAGUUUCUGAGUUUAUCGAUUUGACACGGUCUCCUAAUUUCAUAGAGUUGUAAAGUACUGUAAUAAUAUUACAAGAAUUUUGUGCAAAUUGAAAUAAUUUCCAAGAGUGUGAUUUGAUCUA